UCUGAGCAAUAGGCGUGUUACUGAGAGUGUUGGAGAUGGAUAGAAGGGAUUUAUUAUAAUCCACAGGUCAUCUGCCCUAGGUCUGUAAUGCGUCACUCCUUCUGAUACUAUGCCUGAGUGGAUUACUAGUGUUCACUACUUCACUCUCACUACUAAGGUCCACUCUGAAUUUCACUUUCAACGUGGCUUUCCAGUUCAGUGUUACGAAAUGUCUCAUAGGGGGAACAUCACUGGAUUUAAGAGACCUUAGUGUUGUACUAAAAUGGACAUUGGGCCUUUUGGGGAAUGGACAGCGUUUGAGGGAUAGUGGAUCUGCUGGAGAAGGCAUCUUGCAAUGCUCCGGCAGCUUUACCAGCUUCACAGUUCACUGCAUGAGUGGGCAUCAACCUAUCUGACAACCCCAGUCCUCACAGAAGCCAAGUUCCUCUCCCCUCCCCAUGGAGCCUGGCUACUGUGGUUCCUGCUGGCAUCCCUAAGUGUGCCCUGUGCGGCUAGAUCUACUUCUACUGUGUUCAAGGUAGGGGUAGUUGGACCGUGGAAAUGUGACCCUCUGUUUGCGAAGGCACUGCCCCAGACAGCAGCGCAGCUAGCUGUGGAGAGGAUCAACAAUGACCCCUCACUGUCCCUGGGCACCACCUUUGAGUAUGUCAUCAUUGACGAGGACUGCCAGACAUCCAUGGCACUCAAGGGUUUCUUAGGUCACUACGCACGGGCUAAUGCCUUCCUGGGCCCUGUCAACCCUGGCUACUGUGAUGCAGCCUCUUUACUGGCCAACAACUGGAACAAGGCCCUGUUCUCUUGGACCUGUGUGAACUACGAGCUGGACGACCGAAGUAGGCACCUUACUUUUGCCCGCACGGUGCCCUCGCCCACCUGGGUGCUGCUCAGCCUGGUGAGACACUUCCGCUGGGCACACAUAGGGAUCAUCUCCUCGGCUGAGGAUGUGUGGGUGGACACAGGCAGCAAGGUCGCUGACGCUCUGCGGAGCUACGGCCUCCCUGUCACCACCGUGGUCUCCACAGACAAGGACCCUGUCAGCAUACGACUGGCUCUGACUAGGGUCAAGAGGGCAGAAAACAUCCGCAUGGUGAUCCUCUGCAUGCACUCUGUGCUGAUUGGAGGACACAUCCAGAGGUUGCUGUUGGAGACUGCUCUGGACAUGCACCUGACGGACGGUUCCCUGGUGUUCAUCCCCUACGACACACUGCUCUACAGCCUGCCCUACAGGGAUGUCCGCUACCCAGCCCUCAUCAACAACGGCAAGCUGCGGAGAGCAUACGACGCUGUCCUGACCGUCACCAUGGACUCAGAGGAGAACUCAUUCUACAAGGCCUACCAGAAGACUGUGAAUGUUGGGGGGGUUCCCAGACACAUCAAGCUCCACCAGAUUUCUCCUCUGUUUGGUACCAUCUACAGCUCGAUCCUCUUCAUGGCUAACGCUCUGCAGAAUGUUCGUGAUGCUGGGGAGUGGAGGUCUGGAGCCAACCUGGUGCGCCACUCCAGGAACAUGGCUUUCUAUGGCUUCAGCCAGCGUGUCCGCACCAACGGUUCCGGGGCCAGCUUGUUGAAGUAUGUGGUGCUGGACACAGAUGGGCAGUCCUGGCCUCUGCUGCCCACCCACUGUGUGGACCUGGAGGCUGGGAUGGUGAUGUCUCUGGGCCGCAGCAUCCACUUCCCAGGGGGGGUCCAGCCCAGCCCAGACUCUAGCUGCUGGUUCAUUCCAGGCACCUUAUGCACGGGAGGAGGAGUGGAUCCAUUCCAUCUUAUCAUAGUCUUCCUGUGUAUCAUUUUGACUAGUAUCUUCUCAAGUGGACUCUACUACUGUAUAAGGAGGCGUAUCAACCAGAUUAGUUUAGUCAGGGGCCCUGACAAGAUCAUGCUAACCCUGGCAGAUGUGAUCUUCAUCAACCCCUCACUCAGUAAUAAGAAGCUAAGUUUAGAUGAGAGCAAAGUGGGUGAUAUGCGUAGGAAACCCUCAGACACGGAUCGUCAGAGCCUCUCUACUCCCUUCUCUGACUCCACCGUCACCCCGGCAACCUAUGCAAACUCCAACAUAGCCAUCUUUGAGGGAGACUGGGCUUGGAUGAAAAGACUCCCGUCUGGAAACUUUAAAGCCAUUACUCCCCAGACCAGUGACGUCUUUGAGUUGAUGAAGGACAUACGACACGAGAACGUCAACCUCUUCCUGGGGUUUUUCCUUGACUGUGGUGUUUUCGGCAUCAUGACAGAGUAUUGCUCACGUAGCAGCUUGCAGGACUUGCUAAGCAAUAGUGACGUUAAGCUGGACUGGAUGUUUAAGACCUCCCUGUUAUUGGACCUUAUCAAGGGCAUGAAGUACCUCCACCACCGGGGUGUUUGGCAUGGACGACUCAAGUCUCGGAACUGCGUAGUGGACGGCCGCUUUGUGCUCAAGCUCACAGACUACGGCUACAACAAGAUUUUGAUGGCACAAAGAUUCCCAUAUGAAGAUCCCUCCGCAGAAGAGCUGCUGUGGACGGCCCCUGAGAUCCUACGGAGCCCUCACCCAGGGCUGUGCGGCACCCAGCUUGGGGACGUCUACAGCUUCGCCAUCAUCGUGCAGGAGGUGGUGCUGCGGGGACCUCCCUUCUGUAUGCUGGACCUGUCUGCUGAAGAUGUCAUCCAGAAGGUGAGGAGUUCUCCACCACUGUGCCGCCCUGUGGUAUCACCAGACCACGCCCCCCUGGAGUGUAUCCAGCUGAUGAAACAGUGCUGGAACGAACAGGCAGAUAGGCGGCCGCACUUCAAUGACAUCUUUGACCAGUUUAAGAACAUCAACAAAGGGAGGAAGACCAACAUUAUAGACUCCAUGCUGCGGAUGCUGGAGCAGUACUCCUCUAACCUGGAGGAGCUGAUCAGAGAGAGGACCGAGGAGUUGGAGAUAGAGAAACUGAAGACUGAGAAACUACUCACUCAGAUGCUGCCUCCAUCUGUUGCAGACGUCCUGAAGGUUGGCGGUACUGUGGAACCAGAGCAUUUUGAAAAUGUAACCCUUUACUUCAGCGACAUAGUAGGUUUUACCACAAUCUCUGCCAACAGCGAGCCUAUCGAAGUGGUGGACCUCCUCAAUGACCUAUAUACUCUAUUUGAUGCCAUCAUUGGCAAUCAUGAUGUAUACAAGGUGGAGACAAUAGGAGAUGCAUACAUGGUGGCGUCCGGCCUACCUGUUCCCAAUGGAGACCGUCAUGCUGCAGAGAUAUCCAGCAUGGCCCUGGACAUCCUGAGUGCUGUUGGCACCUUCAAGAUGAGACACAUGCCGGAUGUACCCGUUCGCAUACGCAUUGGACUGCACUCAGGCCCAUGUGUUGCUGGGGUGGUAGGCCUCACCAUGCCCAGGUACUGUCUGUUUGGUGACACAGUCAACACUGCCUCCAGGAUGGAAUCCACAGGAAUGCCAUACCGAAUCCAUUUGAGCCAUAGCACAGCAAAGAUCCUGGUGGAUCUGAGAGAAGGCUACCAGGUUCAACUUCGUGGAAAGACAGAGCUCAAGGGGAAAGGAAUGGAGGAGACCUACUGGCUGGUUGGAAGGGACAGUUUCACCAAACCCCUGCCUGUGCCACCUGAGCUUAAGUCAGGGAAAAUGGCUCAUGGCUUGCAGAUGGAGGAGAUCAACCGACACAAGCGGAAGAAAGCAGAACAACAACUUGCCAAGAAGAAUAAAUGAUAACGAAGACAGCGAAGGACUUAAAGCAUCUCCUGCAGAAAGUGGUGAGGAGGCUCUUCACUGUGCGGACAGUGACUCUGACUCUGGCAGCAGGUUUGGACGAGGACAAUGUGAUGAUGCAUCAUCACUGAAAUGGUUCUUUGCAAGAAACACCUCUAGUGAAACCUGGAAACUCUCUCUCCACUUGUGUUUGCCAUUUUGACAAUCAAGGACUUUUUUUUUUUUUACAACCAUGGCUCCAUACACUUCCUAUAGAAAUGAGAGUUUGAAAAGUCAUUGCCACAGACCAUAGCAUGUUGUGCAUAAGCAGGAAAGGGACAAAGGUAUAUGUAAAGAUAUGAGCAUCUACUAAUCAAUGGAAGUUUUUAGAAAUAGACAAUGCCUCAUUAGGACAUGGUGAGUUUGCAUUACCUUACACCAUACAAUUGGCAUCAGUGGACAUAAUACUACAUCACAAUAUACUGUAGAGAUUAUUCUACAAUCAUCAUAAGAAGCCCUUCAAAGAGGAAUUUGUCUCUGGAGAAGGAGCUAUAAAUAGCAAAUGGGAUUUCGUCACUGAACCGUUAAGGUAUCACAUUUUCUCAUCCACCCCUCACCCCAGUUGUCCAUUUCUUCAAGCAGACAGCAAGUAGAAGAUGAGUCACUGGUACAGGAGGGAGAAAACACUCUCUACAGUGAUUCUCAGUGGAAAGAAAAACAAUGUUUUGACCCAGUUGCAUGAUUUAGCCUACAAUCUCUUAUUCAUCUCGAGAGCAUGUGUUCUUCUCCUGUGCUCAAACAAACAAACAAACUGUGGGGCAAAUAUCUAAUAACAUACAAGAGUUAUAUAAGGGUUGUACAUGUCUGUAGUAUGUAUUUACCUGUUCAUCUGUAAAUAUGAUAGAGUAUUGCAACGAGAAAAUGAAUCUACGUUUCAUGGCCCACUAUGCAGCUGUAGCCGUCUCUAGCCGAUCCUGCUGAGCCAUCUGAAAUGCUUCUCUAUAGGUUGUUUCCUUGAGACGAGGAAACAGUGGUUUUACCUAUCUAUCAUCAUCGUCUGCAUCUCAAAAUAAAUGGAAUUUUAAUUGCCAAUGGUUGGUUUUGUCACACAGUGCUUGAGAUGGUGGGCCCUGCACAUACAAUAUCUGGUGAUGCAACAAUACAAUAAAAGGCUGUGUAGAGGAAGAAAU